AUGUGGUACAGCCUGUACACCCGCACCUGGCUUGGGUACCUCUUCUACCGACAGCAGCUGCGCAGGGCUCGGAAUCGCUACCCCAAAGGCCACUCCAGAACCCAGCCCCGCCUCUUCAAUGGAGUGAAGGUGCUUCCCAUCCCUGUCCUCUCAGACAACUACAGCUACCUCAUCAUUGACACCCAGGCCCGGCUGGCUGUGGCUGUGGACCCUUCUGACCCUCAGGCCGUGCAGGCUUCCAUUGAAAAGGAGGGUGUCACUUUGGUUGCCAUUCUCUGCACCCACAAGCACUGGGACCACAGUGGAGGGAACCGUGACCUCAGUCGGCGGCACCAGGACUGUCGGGUGUACGGGAGCCCUCAGGAUGGCAUCCCGCACCUCACUCAUCCCCUGUGUCAUCAAGAUGUGGUUAGCGUGGGACGGCUUCAGAUCCGGGCUCUAGCCACCCCUGGCCACACACAAGGCCAUCUGGUCUACCUGCUGGACGGGGAGCCCUACAAGGGUCCUUCCUGCCUCUUUUCAGGGGACCUGCUCUUCCUCUCUGGCUGUGGACGGACCUUUGAGGGCACUGCAGAGACCAUGCUGAGCUCGCUGGACACUGUGCUGGGGCUGGAAGAUGACACUCUGCUGUGGCCUGGUCAUGAGUAUGCGGAGGAGAACCUGGGCUUUGCAGGUGUGGUGGAGCCUGAGAACCUGGCCCGGGAGAGGAAGAUGCAGUGGGUGCAGAGGCAGCGGAUGGAGCGCAAGAGCACGUGCCCAUCCACCCUUGGAGAGGAGCGUUCCUACAACCCGUUCCUGAGGACCCAUUGCCUGGUGCUGCAGGAGACUGUGGGGCCGGGCCCAGGGCCUGCUGAGGAUGAUGGCUACUCCCGGGCCCAGCUCCUGGAGAAGCUCCGCCGGCUGAAGGACCUGCACAAGAGCAAGUGACGCCCCCCAGCUCCCCUCAGCCCACCCACAUGGUGGGGAGGCAACCCGUCGCCCACACACACUAUACCCCUCAUUGCUACCAACACCACCUCCAUCAGCACCCACAGUGGGCAUCAUUCCCCGACACUGGUCGCCUGCACACGGGGAGAGGAGGGACAAGGCAGGGAGACCUCCUAGAACCAGAGAAAGAACUGCUCAAAGGCUUGGAGACUCCAUGGAGCGAGGCUGAGCUGUCAAGGGUAACAGGAAAGGAGGGGCCUUAGGACAGCUCCAGACCUAACUGGGAAGGUCCCCUCCUCCCUUCCCCUGUUCCUGCGCUGGCAGUGAGCACAUGGAGGCUGCGAUGAGCCUCUCCCUCAGGAGGCUCCCUUUCACUGUAGCUCCUAACACCAGGGCAACAGGAGCCAUGAACAGGUUGAGUCCAUCUUCGCUCUUCUGCCAUUCAGGGUUGGGAAAGAAUCUGUCUCCCCGAGUGGCCUGAGGAGAGAUGCCUUGGAAAAGUGGUCAGUCAGAGGGUUCCCAGGCUCUGGUUUACUGAGACACUGCCCCUCCUCCCCCAGCCUCCACACCCUUCCCCGCCCUGCCCCCACAAAGGCAUUUUUCAAACGGAGCCAUUUCUGAGAAAGAUGAAAGGGCUGGGAGUCUGGCUGUCUGGCCAGUCUCUGCCUCAGUGACUUCCCUACAGCCUGGAAGGAGGGUCCUGGUUGCCAAGGAAACCUCGACCUCAGGCUGAGGAGACCUUGGAGGCUGCUAGAUUGCUGCCCCACAGUCUUGUAGGUCACAAGGGCUCCCUGCACAGCUGGCCUGGUCCUGCCCACUGGCCUCUCCCCCUGCCCUGGACCAACAGGGUCCCUCCCUUCCAGCGGGGAGAGAGCCAUCGUCUGCCAAGGCCACUGCACUUUUCUCAUUCUGGCCCUUAUUCCUGGGGACUUCUGCCUCCUCUCACUUCUGCUUUACCCUCACCCCCUUUCCUCUUUGCUAUUAAGGACAUUCACCUAGCCCCUUGCAGUUUUCCAAGAACAUUCUGUGUCAUUUCUCAUUCGAUCCUUGGCCCCCUCCUGGCUGGGGGAGGGGCUCUGAGGCAGAGUUCAGAAAUCAGAAGCCUGGGAGCAGAGACCUCUCAAGGGAGCCGCAGCUUCCAGGAGCCCUGGCCUGGGCCCUUUCCCUCUGCUCGGCCCUCCCUCAGCUCGGCUUCUCCUCUGGUCUCGGGUCCAGGUCCCUUCGGGGCUAUAGUGAGGAACCCUAUGGUCCUCAGGCAGGUGUACCUUGGGUCAGCCAGGGGCCUACUCCUCCUUCGAAGAGCAGCUUUUCCUCAGGCCCCGCUCACCUCUGGCGAGCCUCCAGAUGCCCCCUGCCCUCACUCUCUCACCAUCCGGCCUCUGCCUCCCUCUCCAGCCACAGCCUCUGGUCCCACUCUAGCAAUACUCCUAGAAUAGUUAGAGUUCCCCGCACCCCAAGACAUGCAGUUUCCUGCCUCUGUGCCUUCGCUCGUGCUGUUUCUUCAGACUGGAAUGCCUUUCCCUGCUCCUCCUGCCUUGUCUGCCUGGCAAACACCUGUUCAUCCUUCACAAUCCCCCUCCAAGGCCCCCUCCUCCAGGAAGACAACCCCCAUGCGUCUCCCCCUCCAGGCUACCUCUGCUCUUUGUAAAUGCUUCUCUGUGGCACUUAUCACUCUGUAUUUUACUUGUUUACAUGUUUGUCUCCCCUUCCAGACUGUGAACCCUUCAGGGCAUGGACUGUAUCUUAUGCAUCUCUGUAUUUCUGCGCCUAGCACGGUGCCUGGCACACAGUAGGCGCUCAAUAAAUGUUAAAUGAAUGAAUGAUU